AUGUGCCAGGGAGGCGAUUUUACCGCCGGAAAUGGCAUCGGUGGAGAGUCAAUAUAUGGAUCCAAGUUUGCCGAUGAGAAUUUUGCGAAGAAGCACACUGGUCCUAGUAUUCUGUCCAUGGCCAAUUCUGGACCUGGAACCAACGGAUCUCAAUUUUUCAUCUGUACUGCGAAAACAGAAUGGCUUGAUGGUAAACACGUGUUUAGGCAAGUAGUUGAGGGAAUCGAUGUGGUAAAACUCAUUGAGAAAGUUGGAUCUGGUUCUGGAAAGACUGCAAAGCCAAUGGUGGUUGCUUAUUGUGGUUAA